GUCGCCACGCCAUAACUGUCCUUGUCAUUUCUUUGUGACCGUAUAACCGCUUCUCUUUUCUCUCCUUCAAAUCUAUUCAAACUCGCAUCCUCUCUCCAAAAUCGCACGCUCUAUCUGCAAUCUAGGAUUUAUGUCCACAGUCCACACUAAUGGCGCACGUUAGACUCCUUCCCCCAAAACCCUAAGAUUUCUCCCGGUUUAAAUUGCGUGCGAAUACACGUAUACAUAUACGUCUAGAUAUUUGCUUGGAUGGACGGAGGGAAUAAGAAUGGUGGCGGAGGCGGUGAUGCGUCGACGAGCGGUGGUGGGGGGUCUCAAGGGGUGCCUGCGACGCCGACGCCGAUUGGGAGCACCUACGCGCCACCGCCUUUUCUGAGCAAGACUUACGACAUGGUAGAUGAUCCGGCGACAGACUCGAUUGUGUCGUGGAGCCCUACUAAUAACAGCUUCGUGGUGUUGAACCCGCCCGAGUUCGCCCGGGACCUCCUUCCCAAGUAUUUCAAGCACAACAACUUUUCCAGCUUUGUCCGCCAGCUGAACACCUACGGGUUUCGAAAGGUUGACCCCGACCGCUGGGAAUUUGCAAAUGAGGGCUUUCUGAGGGGUCAAAAGCAUCUGCUUAGGAGUAUAAGUCGGCGAAAACCUGCACAUGGACAUGGCAAUCAACAGCAACCGCCAUCACAUGGACAGAAUUCUUCUGUUGGUGCCUGUGUCGAGGUUGGGAAAUUCGGGCUUGAGGAAGAGGUAGAGAGGCUUAAAAGGGACAAGAAUGUGCUUAUGCAGGAGCUUGUUCGAUUGAGGCAGCAGCAGCAGGCUACCGAUGGCCAGCUGCAAACCAUGGUUCAACGUCUUCAGGGAAUGGAGCAGAGACAACAACAGAUGAUGUCAUUCCUGGCAAAGGCAGUGCAGAGUCCUGGCUUCUUGGCGCAAUUUGUACAGCAGCAAAGUGAAAGUAAUAGGCGUAUAACUGAAGGCAACAAAAAACGAAGGCUCAAGCAGGAUGGCCUUGCUGAGAGUGAGCACUCUGCUCCUGAUGGACAAAUUGUUAAGUAUCAACCUUCAAUGAGUGAGGCGGCAAAAGCAAUGCUCAGGCAGCUCAUGGAAGUUGAUUCUUCUUCCAGGCUGGAAUCGUACAACAACAAUAUCGAUGAUUUUAUGAUUGGGGACAGUUCUUCGUCAUCCAGUGGUGUAGACAGUGGGAGCUCUUCAAGUCAUGUAUCAGGAGUGACUCUGCAAGAGGUGCCUCCAACCUCGGGGCAGGCAUUUAUACCAUCUACUACUGGGAUCUCGGGCCAGGGCCGUUCAGCUGCCAUAUCUGAAAUACAGUCUUCUCCACAAGCUGCGACUGCUGAGAAGGUUACAACAUCUUGGUUCCCAGAUGGGAGUAUGCUGGUUGGAACACAAGGGGCACCUUCCUCCAUUCCUGGGGCAGAUGUAAUCAUGCCUGAGCUCUCUCAAAUACCAGAAAUGGUACCAGAGAGUAUGGUAGAUAUUUCUGGGAAAGGUUACAUGGGACCUGGGACUGAAAAUUCUGGAUUUUUUGAGCCCUCUUCACUUGGAGAGAAUGGUUCAGUCCUAAUUGAAAUUGAUGACAUUAGUCCUGAUCCAGAUAUUGAUGCCUUACUGGACAGUUCUGGCUUCUGGGAUGAUAUUUUUAAUAGCCCUGUGCCUGAGGACAUUGAACCAAUCUCAUUUGAUGGUAAAACCAAUGGAAAUAAUGUGCAGCCAAUGGAGAAUGGGUGGGAAAAAUCUCAGCAUAUGGAUCAGCUUACGGAACAAAUGGGGCUGCUCACUUCAGACACCAAAAAGAUUAGGGAUUGGAUUGGCUAGGUGGGUUCGUUUUGUCUUUCAGUUGGGCUACAACUACAAUCCUGAAAAGAUACACACUUGAUGGUGACCGGCUCUGAAUCUUUAUGAAUUAUACCAUAUUGUAUGAACCAUACUUGGGACAGCUCCGAAACUGAUGAUAGCAUAUCUGAACCCUGAAGACAUGGAGGAAUUGUUGCUGUUUGCAAUGCUGCUCACAAAGUUAAACGGUCCCCUUUCAAGUAAGUGAUAUAGGUGGAGGAAAAGUACUUAUAACCUGGUAUUGGGAGGUUUAUGAGUUUUUCUUUAUGUACAAGGAGUAGCCUGUUACCCGCUAGAUUGUCGCAUGAAUGGUUAAAAUUAUUACUCAUCUGAUAUCAAGCCUUACCAAACUCACCCAUAAUAAGAACAGUGUAGAAUGUAAAUUGUAAUUUUGUGAAUGUGAAAGAUAUGACCAAAUUUUCAGUU